AUGUGGUGGAACGAGCGGCGUCACCUCAUCGUGCCCCCCCACCUGGGCUACGGCAGCAUCGGCGUGGCGGGGCUCAUCCCCCCAGAUGCCACCUUGUACUUCGACGUCAUCAUGCUGGACAUCUGGAACAAGGACGACAAGCUGCAGAUCACCACCCUCUCCAAACCGGAGCGCUGCAACCGCACGGUGGAGAACUCGGACUUCGUGCGGUACCACUACAACGGCACGCUGCUGGAUGGCACUCCCUUCGACUCCAGCUACAGCAAGGAGAGCACCUACGACACCUACGUGGGCACCGGCUGGUUGAUCAAGGGCAUGGACCAGGGGCUGCUGGGCAUGUGCGCCGGGGAGAAGAGGAGCAUCAUCAUCCCCCCGUUCCUUGCGUACGGGGAGAAGGGCUACGGGACCGUGAUCCCACCGCAGGCCUCGCUGGUGUUCAGUGUGCUGCUGGUGGACUUCCACAACCCCAAGGACGGCGUCUUCCUGGACCACCUGGAGGUGCCGGAGUCCUGCAAGCGCCGGGCUGUGACCGGGGACUUUGUCCGGUACCACUACAAC